AGCUCUGUUUCAGUCAUCCCGUCUCAAUAAACAACCCGUUAGUUAAGUUUGCUUUUGAGUCCUGCAUUUUUGGGGUCUGCCCUCUCCUGCUCUCCUCUUAAAAGACCUGCCACAGGGCAGAGUUAUCUUAUCCAGGCUUGAUUGAUUUCUGUACUGAUUGCAGUUUUUUUUUUUAUCUUUAUACCGUCUCUGAACCGUUACCUUCUAGGGCAUGGAGCUGCUUUCUGUGCUGAUACAUCAUGAAAGGCGCUUCUAGCCUGGCGCUGUCAGAUGAGCUGCUAAUGGCACUCCAGCAAAGAAGCGCAGCAUCGAUUCGAAACUCCUGUAAAGAUGGGAACAAGAUGGCGGCCACGGAGUGUUUGUUGUGGGCUCCCUCUACGCCAUAUUUAUUCCAUCCGUAAUAGCAAACUUCCCAGCUUUUUUCUUUUCUUUCUUUUCAAAAGAAAGUUGGAAACAACUCUUAAAACAGACAACAUUGUCUCAGAAAGGGAGCAUGGCAUCAAAUCUGCGGAAAUUUAAACAUACAGGUGGUGCUAAUGCUCCUUUGAGACAGAACCCCCUAAAAACCACGACAAACCACCCCGGAUGGCAUUGCAACGUGACGAGAUGGACGACCUGGAAACUGAGAUUCUUCUUGCUCUGAAAGCGGAUAUCUCAGCUGUCCUAAAAACUGAAAUAAAGAACGUCCUGGCGGAAGACUUCAGUUCCCAAAAAGUAAGAAGUUACACCAUGAAUGAAGACACCAGAGAGCAGGAAGAAGAACUGGAGGAAUGUCUUCCUACCCUCAUCUACCUCCUGAGUUGGAUUUCAUUGCCAAAUUAUGCCCCAAUGAAUGGCACUUGCAUGAGAACUUGUAACAAAGGAGUGGCAUCGCAGGAGGAAUAGAGAUCUGUAUCACCUUCCCUACAGAGUAUGUCAAGACCCAGCUGCAGCUAGAUGCAAGAGUCAACCCACCACGAUACAGAGGGAUUGGUGAUUGUGUGAAGCUGACUGUGCAAGACCAUGGGCUCAGGGGGUUGUAUAGAGGUCUCAGCUCCCUGCUGUAUGGCUCAAUACCCAAGUCUGCAGUCAGGUUUGGCAUGUUUGAGAUGCUCAGUAAUCCGAUGCGAGACGCCACCGGCCGGCUAGACAACACGCGGAGCCUCCUGUGUGGUUUAGGGGCAGGAAUAACAGAGGCAAUAAUAGUCGUCUGUCCGAUGGAGACGCUCAAGGUUAAGCUGAUCCACGACCAGUGCUCCCUCCGGCCUCGCUACAGAGGCUUCUUUCACGGAGUUAGUGAAAUUAUCAGGGAACAAGGUGUGAGGGGGACGUAUCAAGGUCUAACAGCUACUGUGCUUAAACAAGGAACAAAUCAGGCCAUCCGAUUUUAUGUCAUGAACGCGCUUCGCAACUGGUACAAAGGUGACGAUCCGAGAAAAGACAUGCACCCAAUUGUCACAGCCAUGUUUGGAGCGACAGCGGGAGCAGCUAGUGUUUUUGGAAAUACACCUCUGGAUGUUGUUAAGACGAGGAUGCAGGGUUUGGAGGCUCACCGCUACAAAAACACAAUGGACUGUGCCUUCCAGAUCUUGAAACAUGAAGGACCACAGGCGUUUUAUAAAGGGACAGUUCCCAGGCUUGGCCGCGUGUGCUUGGAUGUUGCCAUAGUCUUCGUAAUCUAUGAGGAGGUGGUCAAACUCCUUAACAAUGUGUGGAAGACCCAGUAGACCAGGGCGAAGCACAGACCAGUGCCUCAUGCUACACACAACUGAACACCUCUAAUCUUGUUCAUGUUAGAUCUCAUUCCCCUGGGCAGCUGACACGCUGUCCACAAUGUUACAUAUAAUAACUAAUUUGCAAGACUCGAAACACAGUGAUUAAAAAGGAAAAUGAGAAUUGUUAGUUACACAAAACAGCUCAGUGUUGAAGGACAAGACAAGGCAGAUGAGGUGAUGAUGUGUUCUUUUCACCUGACCAAACUUGUAGGCUCAGUUUUGUGAAUCUCAUCCUCAGAAACAUACAUAAAGAAACACAAGCAAACGUUUUUACCCAACGGUUCAAAUUUGAAGGGGAACCAAAGGGAAGAUAAACAUGACCAAUGUUUUAGCUUCUGAUGACUGUUGUUACUGUACAUGCUGUAGAGUGAACACUUUGUACUGAAACCAUAAAUGUGUCUUGACUCA